AACCGAUUUUAGAGAAGAGGACGCAGACUGAGAGCUCAUGCAUUCGGAGACCUUGCAGGUUCCUUGGAGCUUCAACAAUCAGAGGAAUGACGAUGAGGCGGUGGUGGACCGGGGAGGAACACGGUCCCAACAGAGAACCAACUUUGAGCAGGAGGAUUUGGAAGGCCACAGGACUCUCUACAUUGGGGUUCACGUCCCCUUAGGCAGUACUCGGCACCGCAGCCAACACAGGCACCGCCACCAUGGAAAGAAACAGUGGAGGAGGAGCAGGCAGCAGAGCCUCCCUUUGGUUGAGGGUAGAGAGUCACCAGUUUAUGACACCCCCUCUCAGAGGGUGCAGUUCCUGCUGGGGGCAGAAGAUGAUGACGAGGAGCACAUCCCCCAUGACCUCUUCACUCAGAUGGAUGAGAUCGGUGUGCGAGAUGGAGAGGACUCUGAGUGGAGAGAAAGUGCCAGGUGGCUGAAGUUUGAGGAAGAUGUAGAGGACGGAGGUGAGCGGUGGAGUAAACCCUACGUGGCCACUCUGUCCCUGCACAGUCUGUUUGAGCUGCGCAGCUGCAUCAUCAACAGCACCGUGCUGCUCGAUAUGAGGGCUAACAGCAUUGAGGAGAUUGCAGACAUGGUCUUAGACCACCAAGAGGUAUACUCACCACUGGGAGAAGAGCUCAGGCAAAAAGUGCGCGAAACGCUCCUGAAGCAGCACCAUCACCAGAACCAGAAGAAGUUGGCUAAUCGCCUGCCGAUCGUACGAUCCAUUGCUGACAUGGGCCGACGGGCGUCAGAACUCCAUCUGGAUAAGAACGGUCAGUUGACGGCCUCCCAAUCUCAGUUAGCGGCUCCAGAUGGCAAAGGAGACAUCAGCAGAGAGAACAGUUCUGUGGACUUCAGCAAGAUAGACCUACAUUUCAUGAAGAAGAUUCCACCAGGAGCCGAGGCGUGUAAUGUGUUGGUGGGAGAACUGGACUUUCUGAACAAGGCGGUGGUGGCGUUUGUCCGUCUCUCCCCUGCGGUUCUGCUCAGCGGGCUGGCUGAAGUCCCGAUUGCUACAAGGUUCCUGUUUAUUAUUUUAGGACCACUGGGUCGGGGGGCUCAGUAUCACGAGAUUGGACGCUCCAUAGCAACUCUUAUGACAGACGAGGUUUUUCAUGAUGUUGCCUAUAAAGCUAAAGACCGGAAUGAUCUGAUUGCUGGUAUUGAUGAAUUUCUUGAUCAAGUGACGGUCCUGCCUCCAGGAGAAUGGGAUCCCUCCAUACGGAUAGAGCCACCAAAAAAUGUACCCUCUCAGGAAAAAAGAAAGAAAAGCAACAUUUUACCAAAUAGCUUAGUGGAGGGUGAGGAGGAGGAUGAAGACGGUGGCCAUGGUGGUCCAGAACUGCAGCGAACUGGGAGGUGGUUUGGCGGUCUGUUUUUGGACAUCAAGCGCAAAAUCCCCCACUACCUGUCAGAUUACACUGAUGCUAUCAGUUUGCAGUGUGUCGCCUCUUUCUUAUUCCUCUACUGUGCCUGCAUGUCUCCUGUCAUCACCUUUGGAGGACUGUUGGGCGAAGCAACGGAAGGACGAAUAAGUGCAAUUGAGUCCCUGUUUGGCGCCUCUCUGACGGGAAUGGCCUACUCGCUGUUUGCUGGGCAGCCCCUCACCAUUCUGGGAAGCACAGGCCCCGUGCUCGUGUUUGAAAAGAUCCUGUUUAAAUUCUGCAAGGAGUACGGCUUGUCAUAUCUGUCGCUGAGGACCUGCAUCGGCCUGUGGACGUCUUUCCUCUGUAUUCUGCUGGUGGCUACAGAUGCCAGUUCUCUUGUUUGUUACAUCACACGUUUCACAGAGGAAGCGUUUGCCUCACUCAUCUGCAUCAUAUUCAUAUAUGAAGCUUUGGAGAAACUGAUCCACCUGGGAGAAAUCUACCCCUUCAAUAAAAACAACAACCUGGACAAACUCACCACGCACUCAUGCUCCUGCGUCGAGCCUUCAGACCCCUCUAAUGGUACCCUAAAAUUCUGGGAGCUCAACAACAUCACCGCCUCUGAAAUCUACUGGGAAGCCCUGGAGGUAAAGGACUGCGUUGAAAAGCGAGGGGAGUUUGUAGGCACCGCCUGCGGCCCUCACGGACCGUACGUUCCUGAUGUUCUCUUCUGGUGUGUCAUUCUCUUCUUUUCUACAGUCAUCAUGUCUGCAUUCCUCAAGGAGUUCAAGUUCAGCAAUUAUUUUCCCACAAAGGUACGCUCUAUCAUCAGUGAUUUUGCUGUUUUCAUCACUAUUUUCACCAUGGUCUUAGUUGACUAUGCCUUAGGGAUUCCAUCUCCAAAACUAAAGGUUCCCAAUGUGUUUAAGCCAACCAGAGAUGAUCGAGGAUGGUUUAUUAACCCAUUAGGGCCCAACCCGUGGUGGACGGCAGUCAUUACGCUCAUACCAGCUUUACUUUGUACUAUCCUCAUAUUCAUGGACCAGCAGAUUACUGCUGUCAUCAUCAACAGGAAGGAAAACAAACUCAAGAAAGGAUGUGGAUACCACCUGGACCUGCUGAUGGUCGGGGUGAUGCUGGGCGUGUGCUCUCUGAUGGGCUUGCCGUGGUUUGUAGCGGCCACCGUCCUCUCCAUCUCCCACGUUAACAGCCUGAAACUGGAGUCGGAGUGCUCGGCUCCUGGGGAGCAGCCCAAGUUCCUCGGAAUCAGGGAGCAGCGCGCCACAGGCCUCAUGAUCUUCACCCUGAUGGGCUGCUCCGUCUUCAUGACGUCAGUGCUUAAGUUUAUUCCAAUGCCUGUGUUGUAUGGAGUAUUCCUUUACAUGGGAGCCUCUUCUCUCAGAGGAAUUCAGUUCUAUGAUCGUCUCACGUUGUUCGGCAUGCCAACCAAACAUCAGCCAGACUUCAUCUACUUACGCCACGUCCCCUUGAGGAAGGUGCACCUCUUCACCAUCAUCCAGCUCAGCUGUCUGGUUCUGCUGUGGGUUAUCAAGACCUCGAGGGCUGCCAUUGUCUUUCCCAUGAUGGUGCUAGCUUUGGUGUUCAUUAGGAAACUAAUGGACUGUUUUUUCACCAAGAGAGAGUUGAGCUGGCUGGAUGAUCUCAUGCCGGAAAGCAAGAAGAAAAAGCUUGAGGAUGCAGAGGAGGAGGACGAGCAGAGCAUUGCGGAAGAUGACGGGGUAGUGCAGGUGCCAUUAGGGGGGUACAAAGGGAUCCCAGUUAUCAACAUCACAGAUGAGAUGUCAAAAGGGUCUUUUGGAAACACUUGGAAUGGGAGCGAUUAAGAGAAUUA